AUGGUGGACAACAGGAGCACUGGAGUGAACUUGCAGGGACAUGUAACUGGAAACAUAUCCCAUACAAAUUUCAUUUUAAUAGGAUUUCCAGGAUUUUAUGAGCACAGGAGAUUUCUGUCUAUCCCUUUCUUUUUCAUGUUUUUUGUAGCUGUUGUUGGAAACUCCACCAUCAUUUUUGUCAUUAAAACUGGAUCCACCUUACACGCACCUAUGUAUGUUUUGAUAAGUUGCUUAGCAACAGUGAAUCUUAUUUUACCUUUGCUUUUUGUUCCAAAAGUGCUGUUUAGUUUCUUGUUUGACUUGAAUGAAAUCUCCUUAUUAGGUUGCCUAUUACAAAUGUUUUUCAUUCAUUUUAUAAAUUCAUUUGGAUCGACUGUUCUAAUGGUUAUGGCGUUGGAUCGAUAUGUCGCCAUAUGUAACCCCUUACGAUACAAUGACUACAUUAACAAGUCCACUUUCUUUAAACUGUCUGUUGCCGCUCUCUUUAGAAAUGGCAUUUUAGUUUCUCUCAUUGUCAUCCUAGCUGGGUCUCUCUCCUUUUGUCUGUCCAAUGUGAUUGAGCACUGCUAUUGCGAACACAUGGUUCUAGUUGGGUUGGCUUGUGGAAGCACAGCAAAGAACAGUAUAAUAGGCUUGCUUGCUAUUGUUUGUAUUCCAGGUCUUGAUUUUCUGUUCAUAUGCUUCUCCUACCUUAACAUUUUCUUUGUAGUCUUCAAGGCUGCAUCAGGUAAAUCAUUCCAAAAGGGGAUGCACACCUGUGGUACUCAUGUAAUAGUCAUCUUUGUGUCUUAUAUCUUAGCAUUGUGCUCUUUUCUUGCGUAUAGGUUUGGGAAAUCACUUCCUGCUGAUAUUCACAAUCUGAUCAGUGUGAUGUACGUUAUCUUUCCCUGUUGCUUCAAUCCAGUUAUCUAUGGCGCCAGAACAAAGGAGAUAAGAGAUCAGAUUCUGAAAACACUGGGGUUGAGAAAAUCAAAUGUUAUUUCUACUAAAGUAGACACUAUAACACAGUAA